UCAUUUCACCUACACUUAAUCUCAUCUCAUCUCUACUUCAACUCAUCUUGUCAUCUCAUCUGCUCAUUCUCAGGCAACGAACUACUCCUCCGUUCAGACCGAUCAAAGAUUCAACCAGACUAAGCUCGUCUCCCUCAUAUCCUAGAUUCCAAGAUGGGAAGAAAGAAACGCAAGGCCACCCAAUUGCCACCCCCCAGUCCGGUACCUCCUCCUCACCCACGCCCUCACCCUAGCGCGAGAGAGCCUGACGCCUCCGCCUCCACCUCCACCGCCGCUCACGACCGAUCCAAGCGCUGUGAGCACGACAGUUUCUACACCUUCCAAAGGUCCCAGCUGGCGUGGGCAAAGUUCUGGGCGGAGAAAGCCGCGAAGCUUGCGUCCCCGUUUGCAACACUGGACACUGAGGAUGAAGCAGUACAUGUGAAGGUUGAUCAGGUGGGGUUGAAGAUACAUAUUGGGAGCAAGAAGGUAUCUGGACAGAUGGUGCCGCGGUAUGAUGGUAGCGAUUCAAACCCACCUCUGUCGCGUGAGGCCGUCGCCGACAUCGUCAUGCAGACGCGGGCCGAUUGUCCCGAAGCGCAGGCCUGGCUGAGCGCACAUGCAUGCGGGUGUGAUCAGGUUGGUCAGGAAAAACGAAAGCUUGGGAUCAUUGAACAGGAGCACAGGAGGAAGGCAACAGUGGAGAGUCUGCGGUAUCGGACGAUGAUUGCGUUGAAAGCGUCGGAGGCGUCCAAGGACGAGGUUCGCGAAGUGAUGGCCAUGCUACCCCAGGUGCAGCUUAAGGCGACCCCACCGAUCACCACUGAGGCGGAGAUGGAGGCACAAGUUGAACGGGUUGAGAAGGCUCAUGGGAGGCUUCAGAAGACACUUGCGGAAUUAAAGGAGUUCAGGUGUGCUUGAUUGAUUGUGAUAUCGCUGGGAAGUUUCCACAUGUCAUAUACUGUACACGCGGACGUCUCCUGCAGGUGUGCUGGUAUUCUCUUUUUGUGGUUGUUGC